UUCCUACAAAUUAUUAUACAAUUAAUACCUGGAAUUUCAUCAGAUUGUAUCUUUCUAAAUAUUCAAAAUGGCAGAUAAAAUAAAGGCCUUCUUUCAGAAGAAAAAAGCAAAUACUAAGUUUAUGAAUGCUGGAAGAGGAUAUAAAUUGAAUGAAAGUAGUAAACCUGAAACAUCUGAAAUGUAUCAACCAAAAGAACCAAUAAAAAGAGCAGAGCCCACGGAAGAAGCUAAAGUAGCUGGGCAAGCUGCAUUAGCACGAUUAAAAGCAAAAGAAAGUGAUACGUGUAGAUUUAACACGUCAUAUGCGGCGAUACAGGCACGUGUAAAGAAAGAAUUGGAAUUGGAAAGAAAGGCACGACAGGAACUUGAAAAAGAAACUGCAACAAAAUUAGUUGAAAAGCCCAAAGAUCAAGCUAUAAAUAAUGAAUUUUUAGCUGUCGUUGAUGUAUACUUUCGAUGUCCAUAUAUUUCUGAUGAAAUUUUAACGCGAGAGGAAUGGAAAAGAAAAAUUCGAGAAUUUUUGUAUGAACAAUUGAAGGAAGAAGAAGCAGGGCUAACAUCGUGCUUGAUCAUUCAUAAUUGUAAUACAGGAAAAACGAAGAUUCAAAAUUGUAUAGAGACAUUAGGAAAAUACAUAGAAAAUAUUUUAAACAAUCCAGAUGUAGAAAAAUAUCAAAAAAUUAGAAUGUGUAAUAAAAUAUUUCAGGAAAAAGUGUUACCAUUGGAGGGAGCUUUAGAAUUUUUGAAAGCUGCUGGCUUUGAACAAAAGAAAUUAUUACACAAUGACGUUGAAGAAGACUUUUUGGUAUGGAAUCCUGAUGGUUCUAGUUUGGGCGAUUUAACUAUAUUAGUAGAAGCGAUAAGAUCCGCAGAAAUUAUACCGCUUGAAGUAGACAGAAAUUUACAAGUUCUGUUGCCUAGUCAAGCAAAUGAGAUGACUGAAUUACCUGAAAGUUUCUUUAACAUAACUUUAGAAGAAUUGAAAAAAGAACAAAAACUUCGGGCUGAAGCCAUUGAAAGAAAUCAAAUGUUAAGGACGAAAGCUAUGCGAGAAAAAGACGAAGAACGAGAACUUAGAAGAUACAGAUUUACAUUAAUUCGAAUAAAGUUUCCGGACAACAUAAUAUUGCAGGGAACAUUUUCAGUGCAUGAUAAAUAUAAAGAAGUUGUGGAUUUUGUUAAAGAAAAUUUAAUCAACGCCAAUAUUCCAUUUUUUCUGCUAUUAUCAGUAGGUCAAAAGAUACGAGAAAAUGAUUACGACAAAACAUUAUUAGAGUUAAGAUUGAUACCAGCAUGUUUAUUAAAAUUUUCAUAUGAAAGUGAUAAAGGAAAAAAUCUUGAUACAUCCGGAGGAUAUUUAAAAGAAAGUGUUCUUUGCUUAGUACGAAAUGCAUAAAAUCAUGGUGGAUAUUAAAUAUUGCUGACUUUUUUGUACAAAAUAAUUUUUUAUAAGUGGUAUUUAGUAUAUGCUUUACGUUAAAUUAUGUAUUCCGUUUUUGUUCUAAUAACAAUUAUAUUUUUAAUAAGUA